AUGUUCACGUGGUGGAUCUCGUGGGUGUGGGCGUGGGUGAUGUGGUGCAUGUGGGCCCACGUGAGCGUCAGUGCUAUGUGGGAGGCAGGCAUUACCCAACAGGUGGGGAGCACAGCAACUCCUGUAUCAACGAAGGAGGUGCCUCUCGGCCCAGGCAUGGGCGGCUCAGCCGUGCAGACCCUGGGCAGAGAAGGGGCACAGCACUUUGCUACCCAACCCACCCCCCAGACUGCUGUAGUGGGCUCCACAGCUGUGCUUCCAUGUAGAGUGAUCAACAAGGUGGGACAUCUACAGUGGACCAAGGACGGCUUCGGUCUCGGCACAGAGAGGGACCUCUUUGGCUUCUCCCGCUACGCCAUGAUCGGCUCCGACGAUGAAGGAGACUUCAGCCUGAAGAUCCAGCCGGUGCUACUGGAAGAUGACUCGCUGUAUCAGUGUCAAGUGAGUGCCAGCGAGGGAGUGGCAGGCAUCAGGUCCUACCCAGUGCGUCUCACUGUCUAUGUGCCACCAGACCCACCCAGGGUUAAGCCUCCAGUCCUGCGAGCUACAGCAGGGAUGACCCUCACUCUCGAGUGUGAGAGCCGUGGAGGACGACCUCCACCAGAGAUACAGUGGGUGGAUGACAGUCGUCGUGAGAGCAUCAAGACAGGUGUGGUGCUGCUGACAGAGAUCAUGGCAGACGGCAAGAGAGUUACUGUCCACUCACGUCUCUCCUUCACUCCACGACGCUCACACCACAACUCUUCCCUCACCUGUCUCACCUCUCACCAGGCCCUCACCUCUCCCCUCUCCAGCAACAUGCACUCGAGUGUUCUCUUCCCUCCUGAAGUUCAGCUGCACGUCCGUCCACACCUGCUGAUGGAGGGAGAUGAUGCUACCAUUGUAUGCAGUGCCUUAGCCAACCCCAGCGUCAUCACCUAUAGGAAUGGUCACCUCAAGCAGCGGCAUCUACCAAUAAGGUCAAUUACAGCAGCAGCAUCUACAACUAAGAUCACCUCCAGCAACAACUACAAGUAA